AUGCCUGACAAGCCCGCCACGGUCGUCGCAUAUGCGGCUGGCGCCUCUCUUGCUGCGAUUGCUGCCUUCUAUGUCUUUGCGCCGACCUUCUUCAUCGAUGGCGAGAAUUCCUACAAUACCAACGAUGGCCGCAAACGCACAAUUAUUGGUCUGUCUAAUCCGGCCAAUGACUGCUUCAUUAAUUCAGUCCUUCAAGCACUCGCUGGACUCGGCGACCUCCGGCUCUACCUGAUCAAAGAACUACACAGGCGCCAGCUCGAUGGACCCGAGAUUUAUGACUCCCCUCCUCCCGUGCUGCGCAAGGGCGAAAAGGCUGAUAGAAUUGUGGGAUUGCAAAAGGGGCCGGUCACUAAGGCGCUGAAGGAGAUGCUGGAUGCUCUGAAUGAGCGUCCCAUAUACAAGAAAACCAUCAGUGCAAAACCCAUGAUAGAGGCGUUGGAGAGGGCUUUCAAUACACGUAUAAGCCGAAAUCAGCAAGAUGCGCAGGAAUUCCUACAAAUUGUCCUCGAACGGCUCUGUGAUGAAUACCACGCAGCACAGCGGGCGCGGCUUAGAUUUGCCAACCCAGAUCAGACCGAAGAUUCCACUACUACGGAUUUAAAGCCUUCCUCCAUGAGUCCGGCAUCGACUGAGGUCACUAUAGGAGCUCGCGAAGGAUUUCCCUUCGAGGGUCGCAUUGAAUCCCAUAUCCAAUGCCAGCGCUGUGGUUUCAGGACGAAGCCGACAGUCACAACUUUCGUUUCCCUGACCUUGAACGUUCCCCAGAAGAGCGCCACUUCCUUGGACAAUUGCUUCGACAUCCUACUGAAAAGUGAAGAAAUCGAUGAUUUUAAGUGCGACAAAUGCCGGCUGACGCAUGCUCUCGAAUGGAAGAACUCUAAGCUAUCCUCAAACACCACGGACAAGGAGCGCGAAGAGCUGGAAAAAGACAUUGCCUUAAUCGAGCAGGCUGUACGUGAUGAUCCAGAGAAGGCUCCUGAAGGUGUAGCUUUACCCGACACGAGUCUCGCACCAAAAAGCAAGAUCAAAAAGUCAACUCGCAUCACAGUGUUUCCCAAAGUGAUCGCAAUUCAUCUGUCCCGAUCGGUCUUUGAUCCGGGGAGCUAUUCCACCAAAAACAUGGCCAAGGUAUCAUACACGCAGAGAUUGCGUCUAGGAGGCCUGUUAAAUGAACAUUGGUACAAAUUGUUGGGAGUGGUAUGUCACAAAGGCAGUCAUCACAGCGGACACUACGAGUCUUUCCGACGAAAUCAUGUGUACGCUCCCUUUGCUACUCCUGACCCGUUCAGCGCGUACGCUAUGGCCAGCCGAUAUACGAGCAUGACUUCGUCGGCCACUCCCAGCCCAACCAUGGAAGCGACGCGAGGUGACGGACUAAAUAAGUCCGCCGCACCUCUUAACGGCAACUCAACUACAUCAUUGUCUACAAAUUCACUAUCAACGGGGAAUAGCAGAUCAGACUCUCACGGGAUAAAUGGCAAGGAUACCCGCCCGCCUACCCUGGAAGACAACGCUAUGUCGCCAGUUCAGAGAACAGAUACCCAAGUAUCGAAACAGAUUAGAACACAAGAUCCAAUACCAGGCAAGUUCCGGCGGCGGAAAAAGUCCAAUGAUCGGUGGUGGCGCAUUUCGGACGACAAAAUCAAGGAGGCUCGCCUGUCGGACGUGCUCUCCAUGCAGCGCGAAGUCUACUUGCUCUUCUAUGAGCUUGAGCGGCCAGGCGAUGAUCCUUCAGCUUAG